GAGGCGCGGCGCCCGAGGCGGCGCGGGCAGGAGCGGCGGCGGCGGCGGAGGGAGCCGGGCGGGCGGGCGGGCCGCGGAGGAGCUGGGUCGGGGCGGCGAGGCCCCCCGCCGCCGCGGCCGAUGAAGCUGAAGAAGCAGGUGACGGUGUGCGGGGCGGCCGUCUUCUGCGUGGCCGUCUUCUCGCUCUACCUGAUGCUGGACCACGUGCAGCGCGACCCCGCCCGGCUCCCCCCCCGGCGGCACCUGCCGCGGAACCAGAUCUCGGCGCUGCAGAGCCGAAUCGAGCAGCUGGAGCAGCUCCUGGAGGAGAACCACGAGAUCAUCGGGCGUAUCAAGGACUCGGUACUGGAGCUGACGGUCGGGCACGAGGGGCGGAGUGCGCCGCUGCCCCUCCGGCUGCCCAACGGCUCCUGGGCGCUGCCCGCCGACGGCCGGCCCGGCUUCUUCUCCGUGGCGCCCGGAGACUGCCGGCUCGGCCCGCGCGCCGCCCGCCCCGAGCCCGACCUGCAGAUGCUGGCGGUGUCGGCGCUGUUGCCCUACGACAACCAGGACGGCGGGGCGUGGAAGCAGGGCUUCGACAUCACCUACCAGCCCCACGAGUGGGAUGCGCAGCCGCUGCAGGUCUUCGUGGUGCCCCACUCCCACAACGACCCAGGCUGGAUCAAGACGUUUGACAAAUACUAUGUGGACCAGACUCAGCACAUUCUGAACAAUAUGGUGCUGAAGCUGCAGGAAGACCCACGGCGGCGCUUCAUCUGGUCCGAAAUCUCCUUCUUCUCCAAAUGGUGGGACAACAUCAGUAGCGAAAAACGGACUGCAGUCCGCAGGCUCAUAGGAAAUGGGCAGCUUGAGAUGGCCACAGGAGGCUGGGUGAUGCCAGAUGAAGCUAAUUCCCACUAUUUUGCCAUGAUUGACCAGCUCAUUGAAGGGCACCAGUGGCUGGAGAAGAACAUUGGGGUGACGCCACGCUCUGGCUGGGCAGUGGAUCCCUUUGGUCACAGCGCCACCAUGCCUUAUCUCCUGCGCCGGGCUAACCUGACUAGCAUGCUCAUCCAGCGGGUCCACUAUGCCAUCAAGAAGCAUUUUGCAGCUACCCAGAACCUGGAGUUCAUCUGGAGGCAGAACUGGGAUCCGGAUUCCAGUACAGACCUCCUCUGCCACAUGAUGCCUUUCUACAGUUACGAUGUGCCCCACACUUGUGGGCCUGACCCGAAAAUCUGCUGCCAAUUUGACUUCAAGAGGCUGCCAGGCGGGCGUAUCAACUGCCCCUGGAAAGUCCCUCCCAAGGCCAUCACCAGUAGCAAUGUGGCUGAGCGGGCACAGCUUCUGCUUGACCAGUACCGGAAGAAGUCCAAGCUGUUCCGAAGCAGCGUCCUUAUGGUGCCCCUGGGAGAUGACUUCCGCUACGACAAGCCCCAGGAAUGGGAUGCCCAGUUCCUCAAUUACCAGCGUCUUUUUGACUUCCUGAAUGCUCGCCCAGAGCUGCACGUGCAGGCCCAGUUCGGGACACUCUCAGACUAUUUUGAUGCCCUCUACAAGCAGAUGGGCAUUGUCCCGGGCAUGCGCCCACCUGGCUUCCCGGUGCUCAGUGGGGACUUUUUUUCCUACGCAGACCGGGAAGACCACUACUGGACAGGCUACUACACUUCCCGGCCUUUUUAUAAGAGCAUGGGCCGAGUGCUUGAGGCCCAUCUCCGGGCUGCUGAGACCUUAUACAGCUUGGCUCUGAGUCACGCCCGCCAUGCUGGCAUGGAGAGUAGGUACCCACUGUCCGAUUAUGCCAUGCUCACAGAUGCCCGGCGCAAUCUAGGACUCUUCCAGCAUCACGACGCUAUUACUGGCACUGCCAAGGAAGCAGUAGUGGUGGACUAUGGUGUCAGACUGCUUCACUCGCUGAUGAAUGCCAAGAAGAUCAUUAUCAAUGCUGCCCAUUACUUGGUCCUGGCAGACAAAGAGGCCUACCACUACGACAUGGCCAUGCCCUUCCUUGGCACAGAUGAGACCCGUCUCAAUCAGGACUCCCUGCCAGAGAAAAUGGUGAUCAAAUUGGAUGCCACACCCAGGUUUGUGGUGGUAUUCAACCCCCUGGAACAAGAGCGCUUGACUGUGGUGUCUCUGCUGGUGAACACCCCUUGGAUCUGUGUCCUGAAUGAGGAAGGACAGCCCCUUGCGGUGCAGCUCAGCGCUCAGUGGCAGUCUGCCACAGACAUGGUGCCUGAUGUCUUCCAGGUGUCUGUCAUGAUACGCCUGCCAGCAUUGGGCCUCACCAUCCUGCAACUGAUCAAAUCUUUUGAUAGCCACAACACGCUGAAAUCUUCAGUGCGCCUCUUCCUGCAUGGCCAUGACUUUGCUGGGUAUAAGCACGAAGCCGUCCCUGUACAGGUUCUGUCCACCGCCACAGACGAUUUCUGCUUGGAGAACCAGCACAUGAGAGCUUGUUUCUCAGGGAUGAGUGGCUCCCUCAAGAGUGUGCAUCAUGUUGGUGACAAAGAGGAGCAGCAUCUGAGCAGCCAGUUCCUUGUCUACGGGACCCGGACGACCAAGGACAAGAGCGGUGCCUAUCUUUUCCUGCCCGAUGGUGAAGCCAAGCCCUACACCCCCAAGGACCCUCCCGUGGUGCGGGUGACCGAGGGCCCCUUUUUUUCAGAAGCAGCCAUUUACUACCAGCACAUCCAGGAAGUGGUCCGACUCUACAAUCUGCCAGGGGUUGAUGGCCUCUCUCUGGAGAUCUCCUGCCUGGUCGACAUUCGUGACCAUGUCAACAGGGAGCUGGCCCUGCGCUUCAGCAGCAGCAUUGACAGUAAGGGCAGGUUCUUCACGGACCUGAAUGGCUUUCAGAUCCAGCCCCGGCAGUACCUAAAGAAACUGCCACUCCAGGCCAACUUCUAUCCCAUGCCGGUCAUGGCCUACAUCCAGGAUAGCCAGCACCGCCUGACUCUGCACACAGCCCAGGCCUUGGGAGUGUCCAGCCUUAGCAGUGGCCAGCUGGAGGUGAUUUUGGACCGGCGUCUCAUGCAGGAUGAUAACCGUGGACUAGGACAAGGUCUGAAGGACAACAAGCGGACCUGCAAUCGCUUCCGCCUCCUGCUGGAACGAUUCAGCUCAGCAAACAAGAGAUCCAGCUUCUUUUCCAAACUGGCUUCCAUGCUGAGAGACUUGGUCUUCCCCAGCAGCAAGGUUGAAAGCCCAGAGGCCCAGGAGAAUCAGCCCACCAGCUUCCCGUCUCUGCUCAGCCACAUCACCUCCAUGCACCUGAAUGCUGAGGUUCUCACCAUGCCGCUUGUCCAGGAAAAACUGCCCCCUCCAGCACUGAGGUCUUUUGCACCAUUUUCAACCACAGUGCCCUGCGACUUCCACCUUCUCAACCUUCGAAUGUUGCAAGGAGAGGAUGAGUCUUUGCCGUCUGCCGAGACAGCUCUGAUCCUGCACCGGAAGGGCUUCGACUGUGGCCUGGAGGCCAGGAAUCUGGGCUUCAAUUGUACCACCACCCAGGGCGUGCUGUCCCUAGGCAGCCUAUUCCAGAGCCUGAACCUGAUCUCCCUGCAGCCCUCUUCUUUGACACUGAUGUAUCCACUGACCACGGCCUCCCACAACAGCACUACCAUCCACCUUGAUCCCAUGGAGAUUGCAACCUUCCGCCUUCGCCUCGGAUAGCCUGAGCUCUUCAUUGGGAAUUUCUUCCUCCUCUGGCACAGCUGCCCCAAAGGGUGCCGCUCCAUACCAAGGCAGAGACAAAGAUGAGACCCUCGGGCAGCUGUGUCUUUUGAUGCUGCAGAAAUUGCCCAGGGUGCUGCCUCUGUCUGGAGGACACGUGGCAGUGCUUCCAGAAUUUGGUUCUAGCUUGGCAUGGAAGGCAGCGAACUAUGCUGCAAGGAGAGAUGGCGGAUGUUGUUUGAGCAGCAGUGAAGACCCCACUUCUGCUCUUCCCUGGCUCCAGAAACCAUCUGUGCAUUUGGUUUGGCUGAUCCCGAACAUUCUGAGCAGAACAGAUGCAGUUUGUGGCAAACACUGUAGAACAGAAGAUGGGCCAAGUGACGCUCCUGCAGCUCGAAGCAAAGCUCUCAUCUCUGGGUGCUCACGUCCUCCAGAAAGUAAAGGCGAGGCUUGCGAGCAGGGGUUGGGUGACAAUUCACUCAGGGCUGGGAAGCAUCUCCCCCAUAUUUUUUCCUAGAGGAUGGAGUGUUUACCCACAGUGUGAAUUCUCAAGAGAAAUGCUGACUACAUUCAUACUCUGAUGAUGUUUUCUUUCCAGAGGGAAGGAAAAAGCAUAUUGCUGCUGCAGUAGCACAAGGCUGUCUGCUGAAGGCCUGCCUUUUCAUUAUGGAUGAAGUCAGGAAACUCCCUGGACAUUUCUACUCCCUUUCUUACCUUGAAUCCAAGACGAAAGCCUGCUGCUGUGUUGUGGCUAAGAAGAAGCUGCUGGCUCGGUGUCUCUUCCUUUCUGAAGGGCGAAGCCAGCAGUGCCAGCCCAGCUACAGAAGUGCAGAAUACGCAGCUGAGGAGCAGCUCCUGCAUCAUCUGCCCUUUCUUCCUGGCCAACAGGCUCUCAGGCAUACUUUUGGGAUGUGCCACCUGGGUUCUCAUGUGCAUUUUUGCAUGGCACCUGCGUGCACAGCCCACAUGCUUCAUUUAUGGCUCAGUGUGUCAUGCAAACCAAGAAAACACAUUGGAAUAAACCAUGAUACAGCUAACUCUGCUAGCAUACUCUGUGAAGAAAGCCCUGACUCUGGAGAGGCUCUUGUAAAUCUGGUGGGAUUGAGCCCUGCAAGACUUGUCAUAAUACCCAGAAUACUAGUUUUGAUCUUAGGAAGGUGCUCCUCCCCGUCAGGCACUUGCCUCAAGGUUUCCAAUUGCCAUGAAGGCAACCUAGAAGUGGGCAAAGGCAAGAGUUUUUUUUCCCUGUUCUUUGCUUCAUUUCUACAGGGUUCGGUCUCUGUGACAGGCUCUUCUUUGGAUGCAGUAUGUUUACAAACAGAUUGAUGGGUAGACUGUCACUAUGACCUAGGGGUCACAGUGUCUUAGACCGCAGGACCUUAAGAGGUCUACCUACCCACAGGCAGAGUUUUCAGCAUGUGAUGCAAGAAUUGUAUGUAAUGCAUAUGGCAAAUGCUGAGAAACCUAAAUUAGACCUUGGAAUCUCUUGGUUUUCAGGGAUGUUGAUUAUGUGAGGAAGAGAAAGCAAGCUACUGUUUUCUGUGUUGCUCAAUUUGUGCUGCAUUAACUCAAUGAACAGGAUGUGAAAGUUCA